CGGGUGUCUCCACGUGAGAGUUCAGUAUCAACAGCAUGAUGGCUGCCGUGUAACUUCAGCACCUGAGUUAUCCAUGUUCUGUGAAAAUUAAUUCAUAAGUCCUUUGUCUGCAAUCGGAAGUGACAGGAAGACGAUGGCAACGGUUCGCAAGAAGGUCGACAACCGGAUCCGUGUACAGAUAGAGAAUGGAGUCUCUUUGCAGCACCGCUCCAUGUUUGUUGUGGUGGGAGAUCGAGGCAGAGAUCAGGUUGUCAUCCUGCAUCACAUGUUGUCCAAAGCCAGCGUGAGAGCUCGACCCUCAGUUCUGUGGUGCUACAAAAAAGACCUUGGUUUCAGCAGUAAUCGCAAGAAGCGCAUGAGACAGCUGCAGAAGAAGAUCAAAACGGGCACGUUGAAUCUGAAUCAGGACGACCCGUUUGAACUCUUCAUCGCUGCAACAAACAUCCGCUACUGUUACUACAAUGAGACGCACAAGAUUCUGGGAAACACCUACGGCAUGUGUGUCCUGCAGGAUUUUGAAGCACUUACACCCAACCUCCUAGCAAGAACGAUUGAGACUGUAGAAGGAGGCGGGAUUGUGGUCAUACUGCUGCGGACAAUGAACUCUCUUAAGCAGCUUUACACUAUGACUAUGGACGUACACUCCCGCUACAGGACAGAGGCUCAUCAGGAUGUGGUGGGACGGUUCAAUGAGAGGUUCAUUCUGUCUCUUGCAUCUUGCAAGAACUGCGUCGUCAUUGACGACCAACUCAACAUCCUCCCCAUGUCCAGUCACAUGGCAAAUAUCAAGCCAGUUCCCCCAAAGACUCAGGAGGACAGUUUGUCUCCACGAGAACAGGAGCUGAAGGCUCUGAAGGAGUCCCUUCAGGACACUCAGCCUGUGGGGGUGUUGGUGGACUCCUGCAGGACCAUGGAUCAGGCCAAAGGAGUGCUGAAGUUCAUUGAGGCGAUCUCAGAGAAAACCCUGAGGAGCACUGUGGCUAUGACUGCAGCCCGUGGUCGAGGAAAGUCUGCAGCUCUGGGGUUGGCCGUUGCUGGAGCUGUGGCCUUUGGCUACUCCAAUAUUUUCGUAACGUCACCAAGCCCAGACAACCUCCACACCAUGUUUGAGUUUAUCUUCAAAGGAUUUGAUGCUCUGCAGUAUCAGGAGCAUCUGGACUAUGAAAUCAUCCAAUCUUUGAACCCAGAGUUCAACAAAGCAGUGGUGCGCGUCAACAUCUUCAAAGAGCAUCGACAGACAAUUCAGUACAUCCACCCCGGUGAUGCAGUGAAACUGGGCCAGGCUGAAUUGCUGGUCAUUGACGAGGCUGCAGCCAUCCCUCUCCCUUUGGUCAAAAAACUGCUCGGGCCUUAUCUGGUUUUCAUGGCCUCCACCAUCAACGGGUACGAAGGUACCGGUCGCUCCCUCUCCCUCAAACUGAUUCAGCAGUUGAGGCAACAGAGUGCAGACAGUCAGCAGAGUAUGUCAGCAGAGAACAGGUCCACCAACACAACGAGGCUAGCAGCAGCUCGCUCUCUACAUGAGGUUUCUCUGCACGAGUCCAUCCGAUAUGCUGCGGGGGACGCCGUGGAGAAGUGGCUGAAUGAUCUGCUAUGCCUGGACUGUCUUAACAUUCCCAGGCUCAUUUCUGGCUGCCCACUUCCACAGACUUGUGACCUAUAUUAUGUGAACAGAGACACACUGUUCUGUUACCACAAGGCAUCCGAGGCCUUCUUGCAGAGGUUGAUGGCUCUCUAUGUGUCAUCACAUUAUAAGAAUUCCCCCAAUGACCUGCAGAUGUUGUCUGAUGCUCCGGCUCAUCACCUCUUCUGCCUCCUGCCGCCUGUUCCUCCUACACAGAACUCACUACCUGAAGUCCUCGCUGUUGUGCAGGUGUGUCUGGAGGGAGAAAUAUCUCGGCAAUCCAUCCUCAACAGUCUCUCUAGGGGGAAGAAGGCCUCCGGUGAUCUCAUCCCCUGGACUGUAUCAGAACAAUUUCAAGACCCAGAGUUCGGCAGCCUCUCUGGGGCCAGAGUGGUGCGAAUAGCUGUCAAUCCAGACUACCAGGGGAUGGGUUAUGGCUCCAGAGCGCUCCAACUGCUGCAGAUGUACUACGAGGGCAAGUUUCCCACCAUGGAUGAGAGCGCACACUCAAACCACAAUGAGAUCACAUCUGUCACCAGUGAGGCUGUCAGUCUUCUGGAGGAAGUUAUCAUGCCACGGAAGGAGCUGCCCCCUCUGCUGCUGAAGCUGAGCGAGAGGAGAGCAGAGAGACUGGACUAUUUAGGCGUUUCGUACGGCCUGACCACACAGCUGCUCAAGUUCUGGAAGAAAGCGGGUUAUACUCCAGUCUACUUAAGACAAACCCCUAAUGACCUGACAGGAGAGCACUCAUGUGUGAUGCUGAAGGAGCUGAAUACAGAUGAAGCCCAAGUGCAGAGCCAGUGGCAAUCUGCUUUCUGGAAAGAUUUCCGACGGCGCUUCCUGUCCCUCCUCUCCUACCAGUUCAGUCGCUUUCAUCCAAGCCUGGCACUCACCAUCUUGCAGAGUAAAAACUCAAAGGAGGAGACGAGCAUCCUCAGUAGCUCCGAGCUGGCCGCUCAGUUCAGCCCAUACGACCUUAAACGUCUGGAGUUGUAUUCAAGGAGCAUGGUGGAUUAUCACCUCAUCAUGGACCUGAUCCCAGCAGUGGCACGCAUGUUCUUCCUCAGGCAGCUUGGUGACAUUUCCCUGUCAGCAGCACAGUGUGCAUUACUGCUCGGUAUAGGGUUGCAGCACAAGACUGUGGACGAUCUGGAAAAAGAGAUUGAUCUCCCAAGCUCACAGCUCAUGGGCCUCUUCAACCGUCUUAUCCGUAAAUUUGUGCAAGCCUUCACCAGCAUCCAGGAAAAGGCGAUUGAGGCAGAGAUGGCAGAAGCUAAAGAUGUAGCCUUGGAGCCAACUGUGAAAAGCCUUAAUGAUGAUCUGAAUGAAGCUGCCAAAGAAUUUGAGGAACAACACAAGCAGGAAAUAGAGAAAGUGAAGGAAAUGGACUUGGAACAGUACAGGAUCCGUGGGGAUGAUGAGGAGUGGGACCAGGUGUUGAAGAAAGCAGGGAACACAGCUAUUGUCAGCAUAAAGAGUGACAAGAAGAGGAAGAUGGUUAGGGGGAAUGUGGAACAGAGCAAUGGCGGUCCCCAACAUGGGAAAAUGAAAAAGAAGGAAAUGCAACAUGGCAAAUUCAAGAAGAGCAAGGACAAGCAUGGGAAAUUUGGAAAGAAGGUGUGACAAUAGAGUGCUGCAUCGACAGGACACUGAGUGGCUGCAAAGCAACAGCAGCCAGAGAAUUAUGGAUUUCUUGGAGGGACAUGUACUGAAUCAAAACAAAUGGUAUCUUCUUUUUCUUUUAUCCCUGACCAUUUCUUUGAAUUUAUGUCAUAACAUGUUGCUUUGGUUUAUGUGGUGUUCAAGACCAAAAACACAAUACACACUUGUACUAAAUAAGAAGAAUUUACUUAUUUCAAGUAUUUCAAACAUUUGAUAACUAGUUUUUGAGGUCCAUUUUUGUUGUCAUUAUUUCUAUAAAUAAAAAAAAAACAUUUAAACUUUUUUUAAAACUAGAAACCUGAGGUAUAUGACUGGUUUUAAGCUUCACUGAGUUAGUCACUUAAACACCUGAGGCUGUAAAUCUAUCCACUUCUGUCUGAGCUGCUGUUUCACGGUCUCUGGUGCGAAGAUGCAAUCUAUGGCUUGCUGGGAGAGCUUCCACAUGGCGUCAUGACUCAGGCCAAAUGUGGAAGCCGCCAGCUGAUACUCCUGAGACAAGUCUGUACAGAAGACGCCCUUAUCAUCGGUCUGUAAUAUGACAAAGAAUAAAAAUCAUUCAUGGUGAACCAA